AUGCUUCAUAUCCUUUGUGACUUUCAGGCAGCCAGAGAGCUCGUGGAGCUGCAGCAGGGGUCCCGGUCUACCUCAGAUUAUGCCAUCAAGUUCCGGAUGUUGGCGGCUUCGUGCGAUUGGAAUGAGAAUGCCCAGAUCAACGCGCUCCUGCACAGCUUGUCCAACGCCAUCAAGGACAAAUUGGUAUCUUGUGGCAUCAUAAUGGGGUCCCCACUUGUGUUGCUGACCUUUUUCUCCUUGCUUUUAUCAGCAGAUACCAUCAAGCCUAGAUUUUUUGAGCCCAGAAUCUUUGACAAGGAGGCCACAGGAUUUGGACCCAUAUUUGAGGAGGAGCCCUUAGACACCAUAUAUGCUGAGGAUUCUCCUGAAACCAAAAUCUCCAUGAACUGUAGAGUGCGAGCCAACCCACCAGCCAUUGUCAAGUGGUGGCAUAAUAACUGGGAGAUAAAGCUACUGGAGCAGCCGGAUGAACAUUACAGUUUAGUGGGAGGAAACCUGGUAAUCACUAAUCCCGACAAGAGUAAGCAUGCUGGAAAAUAUGUCUGUGUGGCUAAGAACGUUUAUGGCACAGUCGUCAGCAAAGAGGCCACUGUGAGGUUUGGAUUUCUGAACCAAUUUCCUGCUGAUGAGAGAGAGACUGUGUAUGUUAAAGAAGGACAGGGGGUUGUCCUCCUGUGUGAUCCACCCUCUCGCUACCCAAAUGAGGUGAUGUACCGAUGGAUCUACAAUGAUUUCCCCAACUUUAUUAUCCCUGAUCAGAGGCGCUUUGUGUCUCAGACCACAGGCAACCUCUACAUUGCUAAAGUAGAGCCCUCUGACAUUGGCAACUACUCAUGUUUUGUGUCCAGCCCUACCAUUGGCAAAAGUGUCUUCAGCACACCCUUCGCUCUGGAGCCAGAGCUAGAAAAGGAAGUUAAACGAUAUCCUGCAGACAUUCGAGUCAGAUUUCCUAAGACAUAUGCCCUGGUAGGGCAAAAUGUCACACUGGAGUGCUUCGCUCUGGGAAACCCUCUUCCACACAUCCGCUGGAGGAAGCUGGAUGCAGAUCUGCCACCAAACUAUGAAGUAAGCAUGAAUGGUGCUCUGCUACACCUCAUCAAUGUGCAAUACGAGGAUGAGGGUAGCUAUGAAUGUGAGGCCCUCAACGUCAAGGGCAUGGACUGGUACCGCCAGUGGCUUUAUGUGGAGGGUGCUCCAGAGUGGGCAGAGCAUAUCAAUGACACAGAGAAAGAUGUCGGCAGUGAGCUUACUCUUUCCUGCAGGGCUGUGGGCAAGCCAUUACCAUGGAUUCGCUGGUUGAAGGAUGGAUAUUCAUAUGGCAAAGGGGAGCUGAAGUUCUCCAGUCUUACUUUUGAAGACUCGGGCAUGUAUCAGUGCAUUGCUGAGAACAACUGGGGAACCAUCUACGCUAAUGCAGAGUUGCGUGUGGUCUCCUGUGCACCAACAUUCAUUUACAACCCAGUAAAAAAGACUUUGUUGGGUGCUGAAAAUGGGCGUGUGGUGAUCGAGUGUAAACCACGAGCUGCUCCAAAGCCAAGGUUUAUUUGGAAACGUGGCUCUGAAACACUCUCCAACUCAUCCCGUGUGUUUGUUUGGGAUGAUGGGAGUCUGGAGAUUCUGAAUGUGACUAAGGCUGAUGAUGGUUUAUACACAUGUUAUGCAGAGAAUGACCGUGGAAGGGCCAACAGCACAGGGACUCUUAGUAUCAAAGAGGCAACUAAGAUCACUGUAGCACCUUCAGAUGUGGAGGUGACUGUGAGUGAGAAUACAGUCCUUCAGUGCUCUGCCUCAUAUGAUCCCAGCUUUGAUAUCACCUUCAUCUGGUCAGUGGACUCGUACAUUAUCAACUUUGCCACUGACUAUGAACACUAUACGCAGCUGAUGGAUCAGGAGCCCAGUGGAUACCUGCUGAUUAAAAACAUUCAAGUUAGACAUGCAGGGCACUACAUCUGUACAGCACAGACCAUUGUUGACAAUGCCACUGCUUCUGCUAACGUCUAUGUCAAAGGUAGGCCUGGUCCUCCUGGAGGUGUGCGUGUGGAAGAGAUCAGAGAUACAUCGGUGAAGUUGGUUUGGAGUCUGGGCUCAGAUCAUGGUAGUCCGCUCACCCAGCACAUCAUUGAAACCAGAGAUUUCUACUCUCUAGAUCCAGAGGACUGGAAAACUGCAGUCACAUCUCCUGUGUUCUUGGAUGGGAAAGCUGAGGCAGCCAAGGUCACUGACCUGUAUCCUUGGAUGGAGUAUGAAUUUCGGGUAUACGCCAUCAAUGAGCUAGGAGAAGGAGAGUGCAGUGUGCCCUCCAUCAAAAUUAAAACCUGGGAUGCCAUUCCCACCAUGGCACCUAAUGAUGUUGAUGGUUAUAUAGGCUUGAACGGAGAGCUCAUAGUGACUUGGACACCCAUGAAGCCCCAGUACUUUUUUGGUAAAAAGUUUGGCUAUGUAGUAGGUUUCAAACCCCAUGAAGACUACGAAUGGAAGUGGUCAACAGUGGCUGACCCAGAGGCGAGACGCUAUGUCUACAAGGACGGCAUUAUACCCAACACUGAGAUACAAGUCCAAGUGAAAGGUUAUAACAACAAAGGAGAGGGACCACACAACCUGACCAAAGUGGUGUACUCAUCGGAGAGUGCCCCCGCAGAGGCACCCCUGGAUGUUUAUGCCCGCCAGGUUACCUCCACUGAGGCUCUAGUGUGGUGGUUACAUGUUUUUCAAGUUCCUCCUCACUGGGUGGAUGGCUACCAGAUACGCUACUGGAGGAAAUAUGACGACAACGAAGCAGCAGCUUCACGUGUUCUGGUCCACAGCUCAGUUAACCAGACUCGUUUGGAGAACAUGCGGCCUGACUCACACUACCUUAUUGAGGUGCGUGCUUACAAUGGAGCUGGACUUGGACCACCCAGUGAGCACUGUGAGAUGUUUACGAGGAGACCACCUCCAAAUCGACGUCUAAGAGUAUACAAAUAUGUCAGCUUUACACGCAAAUGGCUGUAUAUCUACUGGGAUCACAUCUACAACUACUGGAAUGAGUCUUAUGUGGAAGGAUACAAAAUUUUGUUUAGGAAGGAAGGGGAGCGCUAUGGGAAACUGUACACCACCGGCAGGCACUACAUUGACUUCCCCAUGCCUGAGACCGGAGACUACAUAAUAGAGAUACGGCCUCGCUGUGAAGGAGGAGAUGGCCCUAUAUCACAGAUACAGGUGCAAGGUGCAGCUAUUGUGAACUCUCAGCCUAUCUGCGCUGUAGCUCUGCUGCUGCUGGUGUUCACCUGCAUGAACCUGGGCAUUUAGGAGACUAUAAUUUCUCAAGUUGAAUCAAAAGGCGUGUAGGAAAACCCAAAUCUCUAUGUUCUAUUGACAAA